UCCGUUGCUUUAUUCUGAUGGAUCACAGUGAUCCAAUUACUUGGUACAAGCAAACUUCUGGACACCAACCACAAGCUGUUGCAAUGGUGCAGAAAUUAGCCAAAACUCCUCAUUUCUUUGACAACUUUGAAUCCUCACGCUUUAGCAUUGAUACAGACACAGAAAAAUGUAAUUUAAAGAUUUCAAAUGUCACUUCAUCGGAUGAAGCAAUGUAUUACUGUGGCUGGAGAAAGUAUGAAACUUACUUUGCUGGAGGCACAUAUUUGGCCUUUGAAGGGGAACAUAACCACCGAUAUGAAUCCAAGGUGUCUGUUCUUCAGCAUCCCGUAUCAGAGUCUGUGCAGUCUGGAGAUACAGUGACCCUGCGGUGCUCUGUGCUGUAUGAACACAGCACCACAAAUAUCAGCAUGUUCUGGUUCAGAUCUGAUUCAGGACAAUCCGUUCCAGAAAUCCUUUACACUCAUAAUCAUUCUAAUCAGUGUGAGCCUGAUUCUACACGGAAUUGCACAUUCAAACUGUCCAAAAAUAUUAGCAGCCAAAUGGACACUGGCACUUACUACUGCGCUGUAGUCACCUGCAGAAAAAUUCUGUUUGGGAAUGGAACAAAAAUAAAUAUGGUAAAGCCAGUGGAUCCUCUCGUGAUUAUCUUGGGUGUGUUAUUGGGCAUUUGUGUGGUUGUGAUCACUGCUCAAGCUAUUUUAAGUUUUAAAAAGGAAAGAUACUACAACAGCAAAGAAAAAAGUCUACAAGACACUGAAAAAGAGCAUCCCUCCAGUCAGGACCAUGAUGCAGUGACGCUGAGUUAUGCUGCUUUGCAUUUUAAGGAGGGAAACAACAAAAGAGUGCGAAGGAAAGGGCAAACACCUCAAGACAGUGUGUACAGCCAAAUCAACAACCCCAGUGUGACUGACCAUACUGUGACUGAGUACAGAAGGGUGUAGAAUCUAUUAGACAGCAAAUUUAACUACACUUGCUUUGUAUAUUGAUUCUUGUGAUUUAUUUACUAACUGUGUCUUUCUGCAAAUUCCAUUACUGCAUCUAAUUUUGUAACAAAAUUGUGUACAUACAACAUUUUUGAAUUUAUACAAUUGUGAUUACAGAAGAAAAAAAAUUAUUCCCCCACCAUCCCACCCCCACAAAUUUCAUUUAGCAUACACUUUUAAAUGGAACAUAAUGUCAUAACACAUUUAUUCAAAUUGUAGAUUCGACUGAACAAACAAUGUUGUAUUGUCAAAGCAUAUACAGUGCUUACACAAAUAUGUUUUAUUAAAGAAAUAUUUUUAUUUUUUUGACCAAGAUGUUUCAUUCUCUAAUGAUCUUCAUUAUUGGGCGUCAC